GAGAUAGGAGUCACAGCUAGUAAUGAAAAACUGUGUUCAUUUUGGCAGGUUCAGAAGAAUUACUGAACACCCUGACAGCUUCAAGAUGGCAGAGGCAUACUCCUUGUCCUUCCACACUGUUGAGGCUGUCCAAAACACUGAGACUCAAAUGGAGACUGGCUACCAGUUGCAAAGGACUAUUAUGAUUGUAUCAAUUCCAAUCUGCACAUUAGGAUUACUUGGUAAUGCAGUCGUCCUCUGGCUUCUGUGGUGCUUCAUCCCGAAAACUAAUCUCACUGUGUAUUUCCUCAAUAAGGCAGUUGCUGAUCUUGCUGUACUCAUCUACUACAUAACAGUUUUCAUUUUAUUUUUGAAGGAAGUUCCCAUCAGCCUGUUCGGUUUACAUAUCAUGGAGCUGGCACAUGGCUUUGGGUUCAAUGCAAGCACUUAUAUCCUAACAGCUAUUUGUGCUGAGAGGUUCCUCAUGGUCUUUUCCCCAGCAUGCUACAAGCUUAAUCGGCACAAACAUUUUUCCGAAAUUAUGUGUGCCCUUUUGUGGAGUUUGUCCUGCCUGGUGUCUGUGACAUUAUAUUUUGCCUGCUAUCUUCAACUUGAUCCAUUACUCACUGAAGUUAAUUCGAUUUGUGUGCCUACAAAAACGGCCCGAGCAAUCGUCAACCUCCUUGUGUUUCUCCCUAUCAUGAUCCUGUCUGCAUUUUUCCUUUUGGUCAGAAUGCUGAAUAGACCACAGGGAAGCGCUCCAGAAAAGAUUGACAUCACCAUUGUGGCCAUUGUUCUGCUGUUUCUUCUCUUUGCUGCCUCAGUCAGGAUCGUUGAUAUUGCAGUCCAUUGGAUCCCUCAAAUACACAUAUCUGUGGUCUUCCUAAUUUUUCAUUUUCUUGAUGCUAUUGACAGCAGUGGGAACCCUUUUAUAUAUUUCUGGGUUGGCUAUACAAAGAAUCAGGUUGAUAGUGGCCGCUCCAUCCAGAUGUUUCUUCAGAGGGCUUUCUUGGACGAUGAAAACAGGACAAGAAAUGCAAGCUAUGCCCGAAGAUGAGAAUGAAAGAGGAUUUACACACAGAUGGAAAAGUACAUACAUGGCACUGU